AUGUCUUCUUCUUCUUUUCUUCUUCUCAAUCUGCAAGAGCUUCUUCUUCUUUUUCUUCUUCAGCACUACCUAUCUCUUCUUCAUCUUUACAACCAUCUAAGAUUCUUCUUCUUCUUCUUCUUUUUCUUCUUCUUCUUCUUCUUCUUCUUAUUAUUAUUAUUAUUAUUAUUAUUCAUAACCUCCUAUUUCUCCUUGUUCACACCCACAUAUCUCUUCCUCUACUUCACAACCACCUAUCUCUUCUUCUUCUUCUCCUUCUUCUUCUUAUUAUUAUUAUUCAUAACCUCCUAUUUCUCCUUGUUCACACCCACAUAUCUCUUCCUCUACUUCACAACCACCUAUGUCUUCUUCUUCUUUUCUUCUUCUCAAUCUGCAAGAGCUUCUUCUUCUUUUUCUUCUUCAGCACUACCUAUCUCUUCUUCAUCUUUACAACCAUCUAGUUCUUCUUCUUCUCUCUUUUUUUUCAUGUUCCUCAAAACUACGUAUCUCUUCUUCAAAACCACAAUCUUCAAGAGAUUCUUCUUCUUCUUCUUCUUCUUCACCCAUUUCUCAUUCUUUCUCUUACACACGAAAUGGCACGUGAUUCCUUAA